AUGGCAGGCGUCCUCAGGAAAUCGGUGGACUGGCUAAAAUUUGCUUGGGCAAGAGAACCCGUCGUCUUCAUGUCAUGCGUAUUUGGAUUUUCAGGUAAUUAUUUUGUUUUUUACCUCUUUAUGUUCACCGAAUAGACAACAAUGUUUAAGUUUAUGCAACUGAUCUCUACUAUAUUGAAAGUAAGAAUUUGCGCCACAUUGUUGUCGUGCGAAUGGUAUUUGAGAUUGGGAUUAGUUAAAAGCUACAGUGUUUUCUAUUGAUAGCGUCAACAUCCUUGGAAUGAAAAGUUUCUUUUCAGUGAUAUCUCACGCCAACGCUACCGGCAAGUGGUCAUGGUGGGGUCUAUAGGGCUUUCAACCCCUCCACGUCUUCAAAUCUUGAGAAUUGGUAACGAAGGGAUGAUAGAUGACGUCAUAUCGCACGGCACAUGAUCAUUUGAGCAAAAAAUACUCGUUGUCUCAGAUCGAUAAAUAUAGCUCAUAAAACAGUUCAAAAUGGAGGGAGCAUGGCAACAUGUGCACGUGGCAACGGGGUUUUCCGUGACACGUGAUGGGUCCCAAAUUAUCAGUGUGAUGCGUGAUCGCGCCCAAAUUAGCCACGAGAUGCCACAGGGUCCCCGACUCACAACAGCCUACUGGAAACAAAAUUAUAUUGGGAUUUGUAUGGGAAUUUAUUGUAACAUCGUUAAAAUGGUUAAAAUGUACACAAACUCGCGAUUCAUCCGCCAUUGUUUUGGUUUUCAAAGCCGGCUCUUUUCGCUACUAGUGCAGGGCUAUAACAUAUACCGUAUUUAUUCGACUAUAAGCCGAGCGAUUUUUACACAAAUUAAAACUGAAGUGAAUUAAGAUUUGGGCUCUAGAGGGGGUCUCGGCUUAUAGCCGAAAGUUUUUGAAAAAAAAAAUUUUCCGGCGCAUGGAAACUCUACUAAAUCGAGAUGUAUUUACGUAUAAGCCGAGCUAAAGUGAAGAAACACAAUAUGCAAUCGUUGGUUAUUAACUUUUAAGAAUGUGGUGGCUCCUAAAGGAGCCAUUUGUUAAAUUUAAUGUGUUUUCACAGAAAAGAUAAAGAUUCUUGAUAGGGAAUAACCGUGACGCUGACGGGAUAUGAUUACAAAUCGAUGGAAUUUGACUGCUACUGCUCCAAAUCUUCAGGGAGACGCUGAGCAAGUGUUGUUUUGGUGCGAAGGCUGACGGAAUGGCGGCGCUUCCAUUUCUGGUACCAGCCGAGGGACGCUUUAAACUCGGGAUCCUCGCUGAAUUCCUUUGCCUUUAGACGUAGCAUCAAUCCGCUAACAGCUAUUCCUAUGCAAAACGAAGUGAGAACUCAGAGAAGGUUACGAAACGAUCGAAAGGUUAAAAAUUUGACACGUCUUGCAUUUGUUUUGACAUUUGUGAAAACUGGCCAAUGAGAGUCUUUCAUACACAAUGUUGUCACAUGAUACUACGAUAGUUUUGAGACUCACACAUUCAACAACACAUACUCACUCUGCAAUCAGCUGAUUGAUUUAUUUCGUGAUCUUGUUUCUGUUGUUUUAAGAUACAAAAUCAAUGCUCGACAAAAAACUUACCUUGGGUUCUCUGCUCUGUAAACCAUUCCAGUAUUCUUUGAUCGAGCUCCGGAUAUUCGGCGUGAAGCAUCCCAUCGUCUUCCGUUUCGCUGAUAAUUUAAUCUCGCCGUUAUAAAGGUUCGCUUGAUCUCAGGCUUGAUCUUUCCUCCAGCGACGGACCAUGGACUCACUGAUGCCAUAUUCUCUGGCGAUUUCAGAGUUAUUUUCAACAGCUUCUGCUUCGGCGACUAUUGUAAGUUUAAGCGCGAGGUUGUAUGACGUGCAACGAGCUUUGGGCAUGAUGACAACUUGACUUGAAAUAAACGAUUGCGAACACGAGAUUGUUUGAUAGACGCUACGGAUGUCUAGGUACUGGUGAUGCCGCUUAACAACACAGUUAGUCUUAAAUUCAUUUUUUGGAUCACAUUAAUUCAUCUGAGUUAUGAUUCAUUGCUUUUCAAUUGAAUAGUUACUUACGGUUAAUACUAAUAGUAUUUAUUAAUUCGCGUGUGCUUUCUAAGAGGGAAGCUGUUUGCAUAAUAAAUCAUCAUUGCAUCUCUUGUAUACGCGCGUGUGUGUUAUCGUCUAAGCCUCAUUUAUGACAAUCAAUGUGAUUUUUUCCGAAAAUGUUAGGUUUUCCCGUAGUUACCAAUUCAGUCUUGUAAUAAUGAAUGGGUCUCGGCUUAUAGCCGGGUGUUUUCGAUUUAUUUUUGGUUCUCGUUAUGCCGAGUCUACACGUUCAAAGUUUGGGGUCUCGGCUUAUAGUCGAGAUCGGCUUAUAGUCGAAUAAAUACGGUAGCCUAGUAGUAGCUCAACCAAUCAGAAUGCAGCAUUGAUAAUAGAGCCCGGUGGCCCCUGGUGCCCAACGUUUGCUCUUGGGCGACUAGAAAAUCUCAGAUGUAUUACAGCAAGGAGCCCCAAAGUGUGACCACUUUUAAUUUAUUCACAUUCUUUCAUACAGAUUUAAUCCAAUCAGAAGCCAGCUGGAAACUGUCCUCAACUUCUGAUUGGUUAACGUCUGCAUGAAAGAAUGUGAGUUUAUUGAAGGAGGUCACACUUUUUGACUCCUUGCUGUAAGCAGUCAGCUGGCCAUUCCCCAAAUUGACCUCUUGAUACAGGGUUGACUAUAUCUGUCAGCAGUUGUUUAAAAACAUCAUUAACUUUGUGAUCUGCUUUGCACAUUAUUUCUUGCAAAUGUCUGAGAGUCACUGUUUGGUUCCAGCCACUGUACAUUCCCUUUAUUUGAUGUAGUGAGGUUUUUCACUGAAUGUAUACAGGGAUCCAUAUAUUUCAUUUUUUCUCAGAGUCGUCAGCCGAGCAAGUAAGCCUGACAGCAUACUUGCCCAGUUACAAUUUGGGUUGCCUGGACAAAAGUGCAGCCAAUCAUAUUUAACAAAUAGAUUCCAUGUUGCCAUGCGUCUGUUCAGUAAUAGAUCACAGAUGACAUCAAAAUGUGGUAAAAAUAAAGAAGUGGUACACGAGCCACAGGCAAAUUUGUCACUGAUGUUUUUACCACAUUUUGAUGUUCUCUGUGAUCUAUUACUGAACAGGCCCAUGGCAACAUGGAAUCUAUUUUGUUUUAUACAAUGACCAGAAAAGAAAAUAGACCGAUACACAUACCUACCUCAUAUCGCUGGACUGUUCGAGGAUUUAUGCUAGUGUAGGCAUUUUUUAUGUCCCAAGCACUACUUUUCGUCUCUUCUUCUUCUUUUUUUCUUUAUCUUACUUGUAUACAGUUUCUUCGAAAAGUUCAGUUUUCAACUUCUUUUCUUGCUCAAAGCAGAAUAAUGCUGAAAACAUUUUGCAAAACAGCGAGUCUCUCGUAGCGAUGACACAUUAUGGCAACUGUUGUGAAGAUUUCUUGUAGUUUAGGGAUUCCUAAGUACUCAACAACUCUUUUUGUUCCCGUUCCUCCAUUUUUCUUCUUUGUAAAUAGCUCCUGCUAAACUUUUUUUGAGGCUUUCACUUGCUUUAAUCUGAAAUAAUCUCACAAACAUUUUCAAAACCGCUCGCCAUGUUGAACAAAACAACAAGUUUCCCAUGAUGUCAUCUAUGUAUCUGUACUCUUAUAGGUCAUAGGCAAUGACCAAUCACCGCGCGUGUAGCAUUCACAUCAUUGUACAAAAAAGAAUGGUGAAAACAUUGUGUGCAACUUGAGCAUUUCUGAUUAGCAUUUUAUUUCCAUUAUAGUUGCUAAAAAAGGGUUUAACUGAAAUCUUAAGUACAACAGGCUACAGACCUAGGCUAAAAACAGUUUAUUUAUGUUUUACAAGUAGCCACAGUCGGUCAGUUUGCCAUGAAGGCAAGACAGUGCGUUUACGUUUUCCACCGUAAAAGGCAGUGGCUCCUGCUUCCUUUUUUUUUCGUCAGAGGCAAAGAAAUGUCUUCUAAAUGUCACAUCCUGAUGUGUAUAAGGCACCGGUCUCUGCUUCACAUUUUUUUCCACUGAAAGGAACAAAACACCUUCUAAAAAAUGCCACAUCUUGAUGCCAUGUUGUCACGUUUUCUUCAGUGGCCUCUGAAUGCAGUACUUCACAAAAAACUGAGCCUGCAAUUGUUUUGUAGAAAAUACUGCACCAUCAAAGAUGGAACCCAAACUUAUGAUUUCAUUGCAGACAAAAGCUGCUUGUUAUUCCUCAUUAAGAACAUAGGGGAAAUGUAUAAAAUCAUAUAAAAAUUUUUGAAAAUAUUUUGUGGUUGAGUAAAACCUCACUUGUCGGAAGAGUGACUUUUGAAGUUAACUUAAUCGUCUGUACGGGAUUGUAGUCGUCUGGGACGAGUGGAUGACUGGGAUAUGGAUCCCUGUGUAUAGCAGUCAGAGCUUCUGCAAUUUUCAUUUUCUUAAGUGAUUGCUAUUUUAAAAUUCAUUGUUGCCUAGCUUUGACCUAAAAUUACUUGUGAUUUUGUAUCUUUUUGUUCUUUGCAUUGCACCAUUUUCACUGCAAUACAUGUCACUUAUGGUAAUAUUUGCCUGUUCUUCGCUUUGUUCUCAAUGCAUGUGGGGUAUGAGAGACUUAGACAGGAAAACUCCUGAGUAAGCUUGAUGAUUCACUGUUUCCAGAAGUUGCCCUUUAAAGUAUACUGAUGUGUACAUGUACUUUAAUUUGGGGCUUAGUUUCCUGUGGACCCUGAGGAUAUAACACCGACUUGGAAGGGUCUAGUUGCAUUUGCCAGGUUUGAAACCAUGAUAGGGAUCCAAUUUAACUGUCAGAAUGUUAAGGCUGUACAGUUGUCAGCAAUCUUUUCCACUCUCUUCAUCAUAGGUCCUCUUUUUGUAUUGAUCAGUCCCUGGACAAAGGAUACUAUUAAAACUAUGAAGUCCAUACCCCAUGUCUAUCCAUGUAAGUAAAAAAUUUUCCCUUUUAUGGUACUCAGAAAAUAAUGCUCUAGAACUAAAUUUGUAUAGGUAAUCAUACAACUAUGAGUUCAAUUUGGGAUUUAUUUUUACAAGUGUGUUUUUCAAAAAGUUUCAAAAUUGCAUAACUCCAUAAGCCGAAUGCAGUUUGAACUUUUUUGAAACAUUCAUGAGUGCACAUAUAAAUCAAAAUUAGUGGAGUCUGUUUAUAACAGCCACCCUGGAGACCCUAGAAACCACCUGCUUAGAGCAAGGAGUCCAUCUUUAGUCAUGUUGUGGUUACCUGUGAGUUCUAGUGCAUGGUUGGUUUUUAAUUGUUUCUGUUGUUCAUUAGCCAAUCACAGUACUCCAUUCUCACAUUGAACCUUGGUUUUAUCUUUGACAUCACCUUGACAUCAUCAUCAUCAUCAUCAUCAUCAUCAUCAUUGAAAGUGUUGCAUCUCUUUAUUGUCCUUUUUAUUACCAUUACAAGAAAAACCCAUUGUAGCCAACAUAUUAUUUUGCCAGUCUGUUGUAGGUUCCACUGCAGAAGAAAGAAAUUGCAAUGAGAUUAUUUCCCACUGGUUGUUUGAUGCACUUUUGACAUAAAACUAUUGACAUUAAUUUAUUCACAUAAUUAGUGUUCAUGAAACUAGUUUCUCACAUAGACCAUAACAUAACCAUUGAGCAGCUCGACAUUUUUAAUGUAUAUAUAUAUAUAUCUAUAUAUGUUGUAGUUUAUUUUUUAUCUCACAGGUAAUUUUUGUUUUUCUUUUGUUUCAACUUCAUUGGCCUACAUUACCAUACCCAAAAACAAAAGAAAAAGAAAAAUUAGGGGAGAUAGAAAGGUAUCUACAACAUAUAAUUAUAUUUGGUGUUAGCUGGGGUCAUUUUAGGGCAACUACUACAUUUAGAUGUGUUCGAGAAAGUACUUAUUACAAAUUUGGUCAAAAUUCUUUAAUUUUCAAAAUCUUACCCAUGAGUUAUCAGAUAACUGCAGUAUCUAAUGUUUAAUCCUUUCUCCUUUUAUUUUACAGAUCCACAAUUGGAGAAUGAAGAUCUAUCUAACAUUGAUGGUCAAGGAAACAAAAUCUAUCCAGAAUUUCCUAUCUAAGAAACCAAUGGUCUUUUUGUACAGACUACCUGUAAUAACUAUGUGAAAAUCCCUCUGUUGCAUAUCAUGUUUGGUUGUUUUGAGUGGAAAUUUGUUGUUUGUUCAUACCUAAGUUCUUGUCAAAUUGACUGUAAUAAUAAGGUUCCUGAUGAUUUCAAGAAAUAAAGGUAACAUUUUAG